ACAAUAAUACUCUCUCUCUCUCUUCAUACGGGUACCACCUCCAUUGGAGAGACGAGAGAGAGAGAGAGAGGAGGGUUUAGAGAGAAAAAAUGGCUGCCUCACUCCAAGCUGCUGCCACACUUAUGCAGCCCACCAAGCUUGGUGGGUCAAGUAGAAAUGGGUUGCAGUUGAGGUCUUCUUCUCAAAUUUGCAAGGCCUUUGGGUUCGAGCCCUCUAGUGCUAGGCUCACUUGCUCAAUUCAAGAGGACCUUAGAGAAUUGGCUCACAAGUGUGUUGAUGCCACUAAGCUAGCCGGAUUUGCUCUUGCUACUUCUGCCUUGGUGGUAGCGGGAGCUAACGCAGAGGGGGUUCCCAAGAGGCUAACCUACGAUGAGAUCCAGAGCAAGACAUACACGGAGGUCAAGGGCACCGGCACCGCGAACCAGUGCCCGGCGAUCGAUGGCGGGGUCGACAAAUUUGCCUUCAAGCCAGGCAAAUACAACAUGAAGAAGUUUUGCUUGGAGCCAACCUCCUUCACCGUCAAGGCCGAGAGCAUAAACAAGAACGCUCCUCCGGAGUUCCAGAAGACCAAGCUCAUGACCCGGCUCACUUACACACUGGAUGAGAUUGAGGGUCCCUUUGAGGUUUCGCCCGAUGGCACAGUCAAGUUUGAGGAGAAAGAUGGCAUCGACUAUGCAGCGGUUACAGUGCAGCUUCCCGGAGGAGAGAGAGUGCCCUUCCUCUUCACCAUAAAGCAACUUGUUGCUUCAGGGAAGCCCGAACGCUUUGGAGGGCAAUUCUUGGUGCCCUCAUACCGAGGCUCGUCAUUCUUGGACCCUAAGGGUCGAGGUGGGUCGACAGGAUACGAUAACGCGAUCGCCCUGCCUGCAGGAGGAAGAGGAGAUGAUGAGGAGCUCCAGAAAGAGAACAUCAAGAACACAGCAUCCUCUACUGGGAACAUAACCCUCAGUGUCACCAAGAGCAAGCCAGAAUCCGGUGAGGUGAUUGGAGUUUUCGAGAGCAUCCAGCCGUCGGAUACCGACUUGGGGGCGAAGACCCCUAAGGAUGUGAAGAUCCAAGGGAUCUGGUAUGCCCAGCUUGAGUAAAGUGUUCUAAUCUCCUUACCCCCUUCCCCUUUCCUGAAUGCUUUUUGAUAGAAAUAAACUAUUGCUGUAUAUGUACAUGGUAUGAUCUUCAUUUUGUAUUUCCCAAGCUUUUCUUCCGCAUUCUAAUUUAAAUAUCUGAUACCGAAGUUUGAGCCCUA